CGGUUGACAAAGAUAUUAGUAUUAAUGUUUUUAUGUGAAUCAGUAUCUAAAUAUAGUUUAUAUUAUUUUUAUGAAAUGGAUUUUUCUUGGUUAGAACCUUACCCAGAUUUACAAAAACAAUGUAAACUCUUCCAAAUGGUGGAAUUGCUCCAUCCAAAAGAAUUCAAGUACAAACCUUUAGGAGUUCUCAUCCAAGAUGGACCUCAAUGUGGAAUCGUCGCUUUAGCUUUAUUAACAGCAAACCCAACCAAAGAAACCGUCAAUUUAAUCUAUCAAGAAGCUGUCCGACGAAAAUUUUCCAUUAAUGGUGAAAUGUUCAGUUGUUAUAACAUGUGUGAACUUGCAAAUCAAUUCACUACCUAUAGAACACAAGUUUUUGAAGGAACUUUAAAUAGUGGUUAUAUAAAACAUUUCCUAUUCGAUGGAGGUUGUUUAUUAGUGCCUUAUGAUGUUGAUAAAAAUGAUGAGCCUUGUUUAAAUAAUGGAACCAAAGCUCAUUGGGCUGUAAUAUCAGGUAUAAUUGAAACUGAGGACGAUUGUUAUGUUUUAGCUAAACAGGGAAAAUCAAAAAGAAUCGGAAUAUGGAAAUUAAAAGAUUUGAGUGAUAGUAACGGACAAUUAAAUAUGUUUUCACCUGUGAGGUGCAAUUCAGAUUUGGCGUAUAUUUUACCUGAUGGUGGAGUUAAAGCGGGUUUAUGCAAUAAAUGUGUUUUAUUAUUUCAAAAAUGAAAUAAUACUUUUUUUCAUAUUUUAAGUUAAUUUAGAGGUUAUAUUUAUUUUUUAAACGUUAUCACAUAUUUAAAAAGUAUUUAUUUUUUGGAUUCUUAUGCUACAAUAUACAAUCCCGGUUUAGAUUAGUUUUACUGUAAAAAAAUGAGAAAAUAAACGAGAUUGAUUUUUUUUAAGGUUA